AUGUGGCCGACGCCAACGCGCUGGCCAAGCGUCGAAGCGCACCUCUUGAACAAGAAGGAGAAGGCGUCGCUGGCCGCCAAGCUCGUCGCAAGCAGCGAUAUACCGGUGCCCGCCGCCAUGGCCAAAGCGCUAGACGACGACCCGUGCCACGACCUGCAGCACAUGCGCGCCUGCAUGGAGCAGCUCAAGGCCAUCACCACGAUCCUCGAGUCGUCUUCGGUCGGGCCGCGCUCCAACAAGCUCUCGCAUUACGACUUGUUGCGGUACAUGUCGAUUCUGGCCUACUUGACGUACCUUACCGACGUGAACAACUCGUUUCGGGGCGUCGAGAUCAAGCGCAUGGCCAAGUCAGAAGAGAUCGCACGGCUUUUCUUCCCAACCAAGCCGGUAGGGUACCGCGGCAAGCUCAUUCGGCAGUGGACUGAGAUGUACCUCAAAGACCAGAGCCUCCCCAACACGGCGCGCGGCAAGCAUCCCAAGAUCAAGAGGCCCUCGGACGAUACCGACGUCGAGCAGCAGCGUAGUACGAUACCAGCAGAAGCAUUGGAAGCCGUGUCGCCGGGCAUAACUAUCUAG